GAGUCGGCGCGGACAGCGAGCCAUCCACGCCGCCGCCACCGCCGCCGCCGCCGCCGCCAUGUCACCGCUCGCCUGCUCUGUGGUCGCUCUCGCUGCUCUCUUCGCCGUAUCCAACGCGGCUUCUGUAGAAGAUCCGUUUUGCGCUAAUUUAUUUUUAGGCGAUUCUUCACUUCAACCAGGAACAGAAUUUACAAUGAAUGUUUCUGGUGGUGAAGUCAUCAUCCCUAAUAGAUGCCCCCUAGCCAGUCCAAACUUGUGGGGUCAAUACCUCAAAGUGUGCAACGAGGAAACUUCUCUUCCCGAGAUUCGUCCGUUCACGUUCGGCGGUCGCCCGUACGAGAAAGUGAACAUUGACUGCCCUAAGAGCACCAGAGGCUGCGAUAGACUCGAGCUUAAAGUAACACAGCUUUGCAACGUCGACCCCAUACGCAAACAAGGAUAAAAUCUAUUUAUACCAGCAAUUUGGUUUUCUUUUACAAUCUCUAAAUUUAUAAUAUUUUGGCAAAAAUUUCUCCGCUUUUGGCGUUUUGGGGGCAACAUUAUUUUUAUAGGCUGGUAGUAAAUAUUCGAAAUAAUAUUUUCGGCAUUUGGCAAUAAAAAAAAUAUUAUUAUCA